CUCUUCUAUAAGAAGGAAAUCUUUUUCAGCUCUGACUCUGAGAAUCAAACAAGAGAUUUUGCAAUUCCUCCGGGGGUCUUUAAACAACACAAAACCCCUCUCUCAUCUUACGUUCUCCGAUCAGCUCUGAUCUCUGACCUAAACUUCCUACCUAAAACAAAAUUCUAGAGAAAUUGUCCAGGUUUUGGUGUCAUGGAGGAUAUCCAGAAUAGUUCAAUUUUUCUUUCUGAAGUACGACAAUCGUUUCUUAACGCACAAGAGCUUGUUGAUCUUCUCUUUCGCGCAGCACCAACUGAUCAAAACAGAAUUGAGAUGGAGAGAGCAUCUCGAUUGAUGAAUGGGUUCGUUAGUAGCAUAGAAAGAUACCCUGGCUUGCAAGAACUUGAUCAAGCUGUAGAAGCUUCAUUGCAGAGUCUCGGUUCUCGUCCUCUGAGAGCGCCACCAGCAAGUAAGGAAGUGGUCGCGAACCUUCCAACAAUCAUCGUGACAGAGGAAACGUUAAUGAGGUGUACAGAAUGUGCUGUUUGCAGCGAGAACUUGGUUAUAAAUGACAAGAUGCAGGAAUUGCCCUGCAAGCACUUGUUUCACCCUCUCUGUUUGAUGCCAUGGCUGGACAAACACAACUCAUGCCCGGUUUGCAGACACGAACUUCCUACAGAUAAUGAAGCAUAUGAGAGCUGGAAAAAGAGUGAGACAGAGGCUGAAAAAGCACGAAGGGAUGCUGCAAAUUCUGUAUGUUGAGACUCAAUUAACGUUAGAUGAUAAACAAACUUAGAUCUUUGUAUAGCAGCUUACUGAAUUUUCUAGAGCAAUUACAAUAGAUGUAGCAGAACCAAGGAUGGUGUUCCUAUCCGAAUUUAUAUAAAAUCCUAAGGUUGCAUAAUUGUUGAGCCUUUCCGAGUUU